ACUCAGCCCCAGAGAUGGGCGAGACAAAUUAUGAGUAAUGUGUGAUGACGCAAUGACGUACAUACGCCAGCCGGGGUCAAACGCGCGUUUUUUAAAAUGGAGAAGCAGGCGCUCAGUGGUUCAGCGAAAAGAAAACAAAAGAAACAAAAAGAAGCCAAAGAUGCUGCUUUGGUGCAGCAAAUACCAUCCACCUCAACAUUUUACACCAGGAAACCGAGGCAAGAUGACCAGCAAGAUGAUGGUACUCAAAACAGCUGAGCCAGGACGACACCUCAACGCUCAGACGACCAGCAGGAUGCUAAUGCUGCUAGCUCAAGUUCACCGGAGACGUUUGGUCGUGGUGAAGUGGCACCGCCUCCUAUGGACACCAUCGGGAGCAGUACUACGGUGGACAGCAGCCGGACAGCGGAGCCAGGUCAGCAGCAGCCUGAGCUACGUCCGAUCACAUCGCCAAUGGAGGAUGAGGCAGGAAUGACAGGCAACAUUCCCUAAUGUGAACAUUACCGUGAGACUGUAUCUGACGCUUCCUGUCACAAGCUGCGAGGGAGAACGGUCGUUUUCGCAAAUGGCCAGGAUAAAAAAUGAACUUCGACAAAAAUGACCCAAUGACCCUGUCACUCAUGGACAUAAAAGCCGAACUGGUCCAGGAGUUGGAGUUCGAUGACAUUAUCCAGGACUUUUCAUCGAAGAAGGCCAGAAAAAAGAUGAUGCAGGUGCUCCUGCUUCAGCUGCUGCUGGUCUCACUGGCGUCUGCAUCGCGUCACUACGGGGGAACUGUGGCCUUCACUUACAAAGGAAGAAACCCUGACGGAACAUUGCAGGUGGACUUGCGAACCACGUCUGUGUUUAAGGGAUGUUACCACGACUAUUCCCUGUCUUGUUACACUGGCAACUGUGGGAACAUUUCCAGACGCCAGAGAGGCGUGGUUGACAGUAACAACAAUACAUCCUCCAACUUUACUGGACAGUGGUGUGAAACUGAAUCAGUCGAAAUAAGGAAGGUUCCAAAUGACAGACCUUUUCAAAUAAGGACAAUCGGCUGUUGUUGGGUCAAAAACCGUAAUUCACUUAGCAAUUGGACUCUUCUGACUUCUGUGGAUUUGAGAACAAGAUCUGACACUGGACAACCAAACAGAUCACCAGACGUUGCCAUUCUACAUGUCCUAAGAGUGCCUCAAAACUGCCCACGGACAUACAGGAUGAUGGCCUUUGAUCCUGAUGGUGACAGAGUCCGUUGCAGAUAUGGAAAUAUCAGAAACGUAGAGUGCAGCACAUGCUACCAACCUCCAGGCUUCUACAUAGAUCAGGACUCUUGCACAAUAGACUACCGAUCUGCCAGUUACGAUACAAGCAGAGUUUUUGGAUUCGAGAUGGUGGUGGAGGACUUCCGACAUGAGAACGUCAUUCUGAGCUACAGUGAUGGAUACACAACUCCACAGGCCACGAACAUGACAAACCUGAACACCACCACUGCUCCUCUCAGUAAACUACCUUUGCAGUUCUCUGUUUUUGUGGACCCACCCACUCCUUCAUGUCAGGAAGGAUACUACUUACCAAAGUUUGUGGCCCCAACACCUCGAAAUGGAGCACGCAUCCAAGCAGAGGUCAACAAAGAGGUGGACAUCAGAGUCAAAGCACAAGCUGCAUACACAAAAAUACAAAAUAUCUUCAUGACCGGGCCACUGAAUAUCAGCAAGCACAGGACCACACAUAACGAGUUUGUCAUUAGGUGGACGCCUACUCCAGAUAACAUGGGAGAGCAUUUCCCAGUGUGCUUUGCUGUCGAAUCAGUAUCUGGGUCUAGAAUCUUUCAGUCUGAGAUGAGGUGUGUUCUAGUGGACGUUGGGAAGGAGCAAAUUAAAACCAAUGUGAUCUGCAAGGAGUCCACAAUGACAGUGGAGGUUGAGAAGUCUACAUUCGCCGGACUCCACGAGGAACAUUUGCGGCUCAUUGACCCCAGCAAGACUGUGUGCAGCCUCCAGACACACUCCAACAGCACUCACGUCAUCGGUGUCAUCCCCCUCAACGCUUGUGGCACUGAGAUCGAGGAAGAUGAAGAAAAUUUAAUUUUCAAGAACGAAAUCACCACGUUCGACAUCACCGAGAACACAAUCACCAGGCACCACCUACUCGAAGUGCGGUUUUACUGCCAGUACCCCAAACGGGGAAACGUGACACUGGGCUUCACGGCACACAGGAAGAAUGUCACAGUGUGGGACAAAGGCUUUGGCACGUUCACCUACAAUUUUGAGUUCUACCCAAACAACCAAUACCAAACCAGGAUUGAUCCAAUUUUAUACCCUCUGGAGUAUGACCUAGGCAUCCCGAUGUACAUACAAAUAUUCGCAGAGACCUUAGUCAACAACACAGAUCUGUUUGUGGAGUCCUGCAGGGCUACACCAUAUGACAACCCUAACUCCAGGCCAAGCUACACCAUCAUUGAAAAUGGGUGCAUUGUGGACUCGACUAUCCAAACCUAUCCCACCGUCAACGAGAGACAAUUCAGGUUCAGCAUGGAGGCCUUCAAGUUCAUCGGCUUGCAUGAUCAGGUGUACAUCAGUUGUGCAGUCAUGAUGUGUGAAGCAGGGAACCCCGACACAAGGUGCUCGCAGGGAUGCGUCAACACCACAUGGUCAAACAAUCGCCGUGGAAAGAGAGAGAUUGUCACCCAGACUUUAAGACACCGCAUUUCCCAGGGUCCUCUCCGGUUGAAGAGAUCAGCAGAGCGCACUGAAAGCCCAGUCAUGAACCUGAACCUGAACCUGGUUUUCAUCGCUGGAUGUCUGCUUGCAGCGGUCAGCGCUGUGGUCAUGUACAAAGCCAAAGUGUCGAGAGUCAAAUACCAACCUCUGCCUGCAUUUGAAAGUUAAGACAACAGCGUGAGCAGAACUCUGUGUUGAUUACAUUUGAUUUAAAUGAAUGACUUGUAUAUUAACAAAUUUGAAAAUGCCUGCACCUUGUAUUUGUAUCAACUGAAAUACAUCAAGCACAGCCUGUGCAAAGAGGAAACCAGACAGAUGUUUUACACUAAACAACAUCGACGAUCAGCUGGUACUGCAGCUGCUGGGUGAUUUCCUGUUAGGGAUCUCAUGUAGCUUUACACCUGCUUCUACUAUUAUAUAAUCACAGUAUGAUUUAAAUAUAUAUGUAGUCCAAUCAAGCAUAAUCAUUCUGCAUAAUAUACCGCUUUGCAGCUAAGCCAAUUAUGAUGCACUUUCUUAAUGGAUCAAUAAACUUUGUCUUGCACAUUU